CUAACCCGUGACAUGCUGCAGGCCAUCAUCAAGCUGUCCUGCGGCAUUGCCCACGACCACCUCCGCAAGUUGCCUGGCCUGAAGACAGCAGCCACCGCGGUGAUGCAGGAGCUGAUAGAUCCCCACUGCCUGCAUUCCGAAAUUCCUUCUUGUAUCCAGAGGCUCAUGGGGAAGGAUGCUGCCAGGUGCAUAGAGCCUGAAGCAGACACGCAGCCCUCCAGCACGGACCUGUCCUACAUCCACCAGGGAGAAAGGGCCCUGCAGCGAGCGCUGGGCAUCCUGCAGCAGCCACACUGCUGGCAGCCAGAGGCCGUGCCGAACGCAGAGGCUGCCAUGUCCAGCACUGUGCUGCCGGGGCUGGGCCGCGUCUUUCGGGCCGAGGCGGUGCUGGCGGUGCCUGUGGGCAGGCUGCAGGGUGAGCUGUUUGAGCGGCUGGAGGAGAUGCCCCGCUGGAACCCCAGCCUCAGCCGCGUGGAGGUGCUCUGCCGCCCAGGUGAGGACACGGUGGUGACGCAUGAGGUGACGGCUGCCAGCCCAGUGGGACGCAGGGACUUUGUCAGCACGCGGCACCGCAGCAGGACGCGGGCAGCCAUCUACCUGGUGGGCACCACUGCCCACCUCGAGCAGCCACCCGCACCACAGGGCUGCAUCAGGGCUGAGACGCGGCUGAGCUGUAUUGUGCUGCAGCCGCUGCCAGGCAACCCAAGCUGCACACGUGUCACAUGGCUGCUCAGCAUGGACCUGAAGGGCUGGAUCCCCACCUCGGUCACCAACCGCGUCCUGCCACAGUGUCAGGCCAAGUUCAUCGGGCACCUCCGCCAGCACCUCUCCUCCACUGCCUCUCUCUGACCCCAGCACAGUUAUUCAUUUGUGGAGACGUAGCUUUACAUUUCUGUGUGUACGUAUAUAUAUAUAUGUACAUGUGGAUAGGAUUUCCCAUCCUGUGCAACCAUAGAACCAAGGCAGGCAUCGCUGCAAAGCACAGACAGAAAACCACCUCUCCUCUCAUAGCUCCUUCUGGAGCCAUGAAGCAUGACUGCAGCCACUUUGGGGGGCUUGGAGCCUAUAUAUCCCAGUGGCUUUGCUUAUUUAACGGAAAGAUAAAGCCGCUUGCAAAAGCCAUGUGAAACCCUGGCUGAUAAAUAGGAAUUAAAUAAAAGACACAAGUGGCAGCUUACUAUGGAAGAUCCCUUUCAAUCACACGCAGGUCAUAUGUUCCCAUACCA